AUGGAAGUUGUGGUGUUAGAGAUUGAAGAUCCAAGUUGCUUUUGGGUUAUUAUGAAAGGAUGUGGGCCUUACGUUGUUGAUGAAAUAGAUUAUAAAAACCUGAAUGCUGAAAUGAAUCAGUUCUAUGACAAACUUUAUAAAGAUGUGGAUGACGUAAAAUCACUAACGGUAGAAGAAGGCCAGAUUUGUGUGGUUUUCAGCGAGGAACUCAAAUGCUGGUGUAGAGCAGUUAUUAAGUCAGUGAUGCAAUGUACAGAUCAUUAUCAAAUAGAAUGUUUUCUUGUGGAUUAUGCCAAAUAUGUUUUUGUUAAAUCAAAUGACAUUCGAGUUGCACCAGAAGCAUUUAUGCAGAUCCCAUACAGAGCAAAGAAGUGUAGGCUGUAUCGCACAAAGCCACUGACGUUGCAUAUCAACUUUUUUGAAAAUUCUGCAAAAAUGAUACCAGCCAAAAGAUGGGACAGUGCUGCUACUCAAUAUUUUCAAAACCUUCUCAAAGCAAGUACUGAAAUGAAAGCCAAGUUAUGUGCUGUGGAAGGUAACACAUUUGACAUUUGGCUUUAUGUCUCAAUACAAGAUGAAAAGGUGUGUGUUAAUGAUGAUCUUGUCUCAAAGAACUUUGCUCAUUUUGAAGAAACUAAAGAGAAUACAGGGAGUUCUGAAGAUUGUCAGGAGAACAAAACAUCAUUAAAUCUUGAGUCUCUUCCAGUGAAAAUUGUAGAACCUGCACUUGCUUUUAGGCCAGUGCUGUUUCAGGAGAAGAUACCACCAAAUCUUGAAACAGGUCUUGCUGUUUCCAGCUCCUUGCUCAAAGAGACAUGGCAAAGGUUAAGCACAGAUCUAAAUGAAAAUACUGUAUCUAGUUUUCAAGAUCUUAGGGAAGAAAAAAAGUUCAUCUUUCUAAGCAAUAAAAUUGAGCCAUGGUCUGUUCUGGAAACAGCACCACUUCUUGAUGGUCUGAAAAAGGAACUUACUCGGAACAAAUUUUUGGGCCCUAACUUCACAGAAUCUUACUGUUGGCCACCAGUAGCUCGAGGAUGUGAUCUAGUUGCUGUCUCAUAUCAAGGAGAUGAUCCUUUUCUAUAUAUUCCACCAAUUAUUACAAUUUUGCAGUUAGGAAGCUGCUACACAGCCUUUCCAAGCAGAAAUGGACCACUAGCACUUAUUUUAUGUCCUGGGUGGAAAAAGGCACAACUUGUUUUUGACCUACUGAAAACAUAUGAGAAAUGCUCCAGACGGCUUCAUCCAAUGUUGAUAAUACUUGGACAGAACAAAGAAGAAGCUAGAAGUGUGAAUAUCCAAGGAUGUUUAGUAAUUGUGACUACACCAUAUAGUCUCCUGAGACUGUUUGAACAUCACAGUUCAUUAUUUUGUAGACUUUGCCAUCUUGUUCUUGAUGAGACUGAAGUACUGUUCUCUGAUGCUAAAGAACAGGUUUUUACUAUAUUAGAUUGCUACAAAAAACGUGUUAAUAUUGAAGAGCGGGAAUAUUCACCACAACACAUUGUUGCUGUUGGAACUCACUGGAAUAAGCAUUUAGUACACUUGAUAAAGGAGUUCAUGAAUGAUCCUUACAUUGUGAUAACAGCUAUGGAAGAAGCUUCUGUCUAUGGAAAUGUGCAACAGGUUGUGCAGCCUUGUACAAGCAGUGAGAGAACUGCUGUGUUACUCAAAAUACUGGAUUUUACCCACAGUCAUCUUCAGAAGGUGCUGGUAUUCACUAACUCAGUAUAUGAAGCAGAGAUGGUCCAUAAGGUACUGAAGAGCAAUUCAAUAUUUUCCUUGAAAAUACAUGAAGAAAGCAAAUAUAACUUCAAGGAUAUCUUAGAGCAGUGGACAGGAAAGUAUCAACCUGGCACUCAUGUUGUGUUAGUUUUAACAGAUGACUGUGUGCAGUCUUUGGGAAUCACUGAUGCAACUUGUGUGAUACAUUUCAGUCUGCCUUCUCCAGGAGCCUUUGGUCAGCGUCUGCUUUGCAUGUCUGACAACUUCUGUGACAUGAUAAAGGAUUCUUCUGUAGAUCAGGAAUGUGCCAAGUCAGUCAUUCUGCUACCAGAAAACAAUGCAUGUCAUGCACUGGGAAUCCUGCACUAUUUGCAGCACACAGAAGCUGAAAUGCCACCAGAGCUGCAUGAUUUAAUUGUCAAGAUGCUAGAAGCUGAAGAAGAAAAUAAAUGUUUAAGGCCACUGUGUACCUAUCUUAAAACAUUUGGGAUUUGCAAGAAUAGAACAGUGUGUCCAGAUCGUCAUAAAAUCAAUUUACAAAUAGAUGUGCCCCAGAAUAUACCAGAUAAAAUGAUACAGAUGCCUCAAUAUGUGACAAUACUGCCUCUCCACAUUGUAAAUGCAACAAACUACUUUGGUCGAAUAGUAGAUAGACAAAAGGACCAGUAUGCAAUUCUUGCUGAAGAAAUGAAUGAGUAUUUUAAGCAACCUAGUAAUAAAAUCUCUGUGAAAAAUGUGGAGAAGCUGGCGUUUUAUGGACUAUGUGAGAAAACACUUUUUCACAGGGUUCAGGUGGUAGAGAUUUCUCAGAGAGAGGAAGAAAAUUUGUUCUUUAAUGUCGAAAUUAAAUAUAUAGAUGAAGGCAGAACAAGUCAAGUUCAGAGCUAUCACUUGCUUCACUUACCUGCAAGGUUUCAGUGUCUGCCACCUCAGGCUGUGGAAUUCAUAGUCUGUAGAGUGAAACCCAUUGAUAAUGAAAUUGAAUGGAACCCAGAGGUAACCUCUUAUAUUAAUAAAAAAAUUAAAGGAAAACUCCAUGAAGCAAAAAUAAUACAGACCUUGGGAAAUACAGCUUGGGUUGACCCAAUGGUCCGGGUUACCAGGCUUCCAGAGCUGAAGAUUUCUGUCAAUGAAUACGAUGUUCGAUCUGAGAUUUUGUCUACGGGUCUGGGAACUGACAAUCCAGAGCAUAAAACACAACUUCAGAAGUUGUGCAGAAACAUGGAAAUAUCAGAUUAUGCACAGAACAUGGAGUCUUUAAGUAUAAAGGAGGAUACAGCUGGUCCAGAGAAUGCAUCCAAACCACAGAAUAUGUCUGUACCAGAAAAUCCUACCGAAAACUGCAGUUCUUCUGAAAUUACUUCUGGGAAUAAUCCAUGUGAGGGCAUAGCUCAAGCUAAGGAAACAGAAGACUCUACACUGCGUCAGCAUAAAUGCUUUUAUCCAGAAAUAAAAUGGUUUCAAAAUGAAGAGACUGUUACGGUGAAGGUAGGAAUAACAAAUACAACUGACUGCAAAUACGAGUUCUCUAAACAUAAAGUGGUUUUCAGUGCUUGUUCAGGAGACAAACUUUAUUUGGCUGACAUGGAGCUGUAUCAAGAUAUACUUACAGAAAAGUCUACAUGUGUCAUUAAGGAUAAAGAGGCUGUUCUUGUUCUUGUGAAAGAGAAAAAAGGAGCAUGGUGCAAACUACUGAAGAGCAAGAAUCCUCAUGUGUCUUUUGAUUUUGAACACUGGGAAGAUUUUCAAGAGAAAAGCCCAUUUCCAGCUGGCACUAAAAAAGUGGAUUACAAUACUGCAGUAACCCCAGAAUCUGAUGAUUCAGAAGACAGUGAAACAGAAAGUGAUGAGUAA